UUUCAGCAAAUAUAACUCGAGUAAUGAAACGAGUAAUUCCGCCGGAAGGAAAAUUGUCUAAGGAAGCCAAGGAAUGCAUUCAGGAAUGUAUUACUGAAUUUCUUUUGUUUAUUACUUCCGAAGCAAGUGAACGCUGUGCAAUAGAAAGAAGAAAAACAAUUUCUGGAGAAGACAUAUUAACUGCCUUUCGUACUUUGGGAUUUGACGAAUAUGUGACGCCUUUGGAAGAUUUUUUGAGGAAAUUUAAAGAAGCCAACAGACUGCAAAGUAGUCAAGCAGCUACACUUGUCCAACAAAUGGGAAACAAUAACAACAACGCUAACAACAACAACAACAAUGCAGCAAACACUGUUAAAGAGGUGGAGGUGGCUACAACUGAUGAAAAUCAACAAAUGGUUUAUUUGCAAGAACAACAAUUAAUAAUUAAUCCCAACUAUAAUUUACAACCUCUCCAAGUAUUUUAUGAUGCUGCUAAUGGACAGUAUUUUAUACCUGUUCAACAAGAUAAUGAACAAAUAAUUGAACAAACUGAAUAA